AUGUUAAAAAGUUAAUCAACAGAACUAUUUGUCAGUCCUGAAGAAUUAUAAAGAAUCACUUUCUUCGCUUCUCAGAAUCAAAGGAACAGUCAUAAACCAAACAUCUCAACUGUGAAAUAGGAGGAAUACACCUUCAAGCCUUCAGUAAGAAAUACUCCGAUAAUUAAUCGUAGAUCAAUAAGAAAUCUGCCAAUAUCCAAAGAACAGUUGAUGAUCUCUUAAGAUGGAAUGAAAGGAAAUCAUAAAGAUUGCAACAGUGCUAUGAAGAUGCUGUAAGUGUGCAUUUCCAAUUAGAAAGACAUAAGAAUUGCAAUAAAAUGCCAACCGCUUAACACAUGAAGUUGACACCAAUUAGCCUAGUGUUUUCGAAAGAUUGUAUGUAGUAAGGAAAAGCAAUGAAACUAUUUAAUGUAAUUGUUCCCUUGCAAUUCAUUUAUAAAUAGAAACCACCAAGCGAAAUACAUCUGACUCGCAUCCAUACUUUACUAAGAAUAUGUCCAACACACUCUAUUCUGAAUAUAAAAAACAAGUGAGUGGCACUCCAGAAUAAUAAGAGAGCGAACAUCAACAAGUCCUAGAAUAAGAAGAGCCAACUCCUUAAAAAGUAUGUCUACCCAACAGAUUCUAUUUUGAGCAAUCAGAACAUCAACAAAAUACUGAACCCGAAGUAUCAUUUGAUAUGCCAUUCUCUAGCCCAAAGUCACUAUACCAUAGCAUAUGUUUGUAGACUUUAGAUAACAAAUCAAAUAGAUCAACGAAGAGCCUGAACCAGUUCCUUCCAAAAAGCCUUUGAAUAAGAAGGAGAUAGAUCUGAUGGUAGAGAGGUAAAGUAUACUUAAUUCUCAUAAUUAGAAUGAAUAAUUGGCUAUAAAAAAGAAAUUAUAAAAUCUAAGAACAAUAGGAUAGGCAAAUGCAAAAUGAAUCCAACGAAUGUACUUUCUAUCCAAAACUUAGCUGCACAAAGCAAACUAAAGCAUAGCAAUCAUUUCAAAAUUCUCAAAGAGUUUCAUAACAAUCUUCAUAUUCCAAUUUAUUCAGAAGUAAGAACAACUGA